UUUUAUUUUUAUCUUUCAGGUCUGUCAGCAGCCAAACUGCUGACUGAGUCAGGCUUGAAUGUGGUGUUGCUGGAAGCCAAUGACAGGGUUGGUGGAAGAACUUUCACUGUCAGGAAUAAGCAAGUUAAAUAUGUGGACCUUGGAGGAGCUUACGUGGGGCCAACACAAAAUCGUAUCCUGCGGUUAUCUAAAGAGUUAGGAAUAGAGACAUACAAAGUGAAUGAAGUUGAGCGCCUGAUACACCAUGUCAAGGGCAAGUCUUACGCCUUUAAAGGUCCAUUCCCUCCUAUGUGGAAUCCAUUGGCCUACCUGGACUACAACAACUUAUGGAGGACCAUGGAUGAAAUGGGAAAGGAGAUUCCCAGUGAAGCCCCAUGGAAGGCUCCACACGCAGAAGAAUGGGACAAAAUGACUAUGCAAGAUUUCAUAGAUAAAAUUUGCUGGACAAAUGCUGCCAAGAGUUUUGCAACUCUGUUUGUGAAUGUGGAUGUCACUUCUGAACCCCACGAGGUCUCUGCCCUUUGGUUUUUGUGGUACGUGAAGCAGUGUGGGGGGACAACAAGGAUAUUCUCAACGACCAACGGAGGACAGGAGAGGAAGUUUGUUGGGGGCUCUGGCCAGAUCAGUGAGAAAAUAAUGGAGCGCCUGGGAGGGCGGGUGAAGCUGAGGAAACCAGUCAUCCGCAUCGACCAGUCCGGUGAAAGUGUCAUAGUGGAAACCUUAGAUCAUGAAUUAUAUGAGGCCAAAUAUGUGAUCACUGCCAUUCCUCCAGCUCUUGGUUUGAAGAUUCAUUUCAACCCACCUUUGCCCCCAAUGAGAAACCAGCUCAUCAACCGAAUCCCCAUGGGCUCAGUCAUCAAGUGCAUUGUAUACUACAAGGAAACUUUCUGGAGGAAGAAGGGGUAUUGUGGUACCAUGAUCAUUGAAGAUGAGGAUGCUGCAAUUGGUUUAACACUUGAUGAUACUAAGCCUGAUGGCAGCUUUCCUGCUGUAAUAGGCUUCAUUCUUGCUCGGAAGUGUAGAAGACUGACAGGUCUCACAAAAGAAGAAAGGAAGACGAGGCUGUGCGAGCUCUAUGCAAAGGUUCUGGGAUCAGAGGAAGCUUUACAUCCAGUGCAUUACGAAGAGAAGAACUGGUGUGAAGAGCAGUAUUCUGGGGGCUGCUACACAGCCUACUUCCCACCAGGCGUAAUGACUCAGUAUGGAAGGAUUAUUCGGCAACCCGUUGGCAGGAUCUAUUUUGCUGGCACAGAGACAGCCACAGAGUGGAGCGGAUACAUGGAGGGGGCUGUACAGGCUGGAGAAAGAGCAGCCAGAGAGAUACUGUUUGCUAUGAGGAAAAUCCCAGACAGUGAAAUUUGGAAGCCAGAACCUGAGUCAAUUGAUGUUCCGGCUUUGCCCAUCACCACAACCUUCUGGGAGAGGAACUUGCCAUCUGUGCCAGGACUGCUAAAGCUGAUUGGAUUUUCCACUUUCUUCACCUCUGUGGCUGCAGCUGGGUUAUUUGCCUACAAAAAGGGACUUCUAGUUCGAAACUGAAAAAGGUGCCGACACAAAACCUCACACUUGAGCAGGUUUUUUUUCAGAGGUUUUGUUGGCAUUGUACUUCCUUGUCUCCAAAAUCAGAUGGGGACUGGGGAAGAGGAGAAAACAGUAGAGAGAAGAGGCUGGAGGGGAGGGGUAAAGGAGGAGGAUCCAUAUUGGAAAGAGCCCCUUGAAUCCAGGCCUACUUCUAGCAGUAACUUUUUUGUUGUUGAAUUUCUGGGAUACCCUGCCAAGCAUUAUCACCUUGAGGUUUUUAUCCAGAUCUCAGAACAGAAGUGACAAAAU